UUGGUAUGUUUGUUGCAGUGUGCUGUGCGGCGCUCCGUUAACUCGGCAGACAACCUAUAGCGAGUGGACCAGUGUGCUCCUUCCUAUUUUUAGAAGUCUGCCUAAUGGGGGAAAACGAAGGGGCUUGAAGAAACUGCAGAGGAAGCUCUCGGCUGCGCUGCAAUGAGCUCGCACAACACCGCGAAGUGACGGAAUAAAAACAACGACAAACAACAACAAAAGUUUUACAGAAGUUCAACGCGUUGCUUCAGCUCGACUUCACUUUGAAUAAAACGCCGUGGCCUCUGGAGAAGUUGCUGCGCAGCACCAAUGGCUGCCCAGUGCGACACUUUAAGCGGAUACUUGCAGCAGUCGGACCAGGGCUCCAACAGCGAGCGCAGCACCGACUCUCCUCUCCCAGGAUCGGAGGAGGAUCUGAGCGGACCCCAUCCGCUGCCAGAUCCGGAGUGGACCGAGGAGCGGUUUCGGGUGGACCGUAAGAAGCUGGAAGUCAUGUUACUAGCUGCCUCUGAGGGGAGAGUCAAUGGCGGAGAGGAUUUCUUUCAGAAGAUCAUGGAUGAGACCCAAACGCAAAUAGCCUGGCCGUCCAAACUGAAAAUUGGUGCCAAGUCCAAAAAAGAUCCUCACAUCAAGGUGUGCGGCAAGAGGGAGAACGUGAGGGAAGCCAAAGACAGAAUUAUGUCUGUCCUUGACACAAAGAGUAACAGGGUAACUCUGAAGAUGGACGUUUCCCACACAGAGCACUCACACGUUAUUGGCAAAGGUGGUAACAACAUCAAGAGGGUGAUGGAGGAGACGGGGUGCCACAUCCAUUUCCCAGACUCUAACAGGAACAACCAGACAGAGAAGAGCAACCAGGUGUCCAUCGCAGGGCAGCCAGGAGGGGUGGAGGCAGCUCGAGUGAAAAUACGGGAGCUGCUCCCUCUUGUGCUGUCUUUUGAGCUUCCCGCCAUCAUGCAAUCUGACCCCAGCUCCCCCACCGUGCAGCACAUCUCGCAAACCUACAACCUCACAGUCUCCUUCAAGCCCCCGACACGCCUCUACAGGGCCACGGGUGUGGUUCGCGGUUCACAGAACAAUGCCAACGCAGUCAAGAGGGGCACGGCUCUGUUGUUGGAGCACCUGGCCGGUAGCCUAGCAAGCACCAUCUCAGUCACCACCCACCUGGACAUCGCACCCCAGCACCACCUCUUCAUGAAGGGCCGCAACGGCAGCAACAUCAAGCACAUCACCCAGAGGACGGGUGCCCAGAUCCACUUCCCUGACCCCAACAGCCCCCAGAAGAAAUCCACAGUCUACAUUCAGGGCACCAUUGAAUCGGUCUGCCUGGCACGGCAGUACCUCAUGGGCUGCUUGCCUCUGGUAUUAAUGUUUGAUAUUAAAGAGGACAUUGAGGUGGAGCCCCAGUGUAUCACAGCACUAAUGGAGCAGCUGGAUGUCUUCAUCAGUAUCAAACCAAAGCCAAAACAGCCCAGCAAGUCUGUGAUAGUCAAGAGUGUGGAGAGGAAUGCGGUGAACAUGUACGAAGCCCGAAAAUUCCUCUUGGGUCUGGAGAGCAACGGGGUGUCUUCCUCCUCACCCUCUGUGGCACUGAAUCCCACCACCAACGGCCCGUCCCCAUCCCUCAUCUGCCCCGUUGGCCUGGACAUCCUGGCCUCAGCUGGCCUGGGGCUGAGCAAUCUGGGUUUCCUGGGUGCAACGGCGCCCCACUCCCUCACCAACUCGGCUGCCCCAAAUGCUGUCCUCAACAGCUUAAACUCCUCCAUGAAUCCUUUGCAGACCCCAAGCCCCAGCACCCCCACACCCUCCCCCUCCCUCUGGCCCAGUUCACUCACCAGCACCCAAGGCUUUUCAUCUCCGCUGAUGCUGCAUCCUGCCACCCAGGCCACCCUGAGUAGCAUCCUGCUGUCAGGCGUGCAGAGUUACACACAGGGUACACCGUCCCCUCCGCCUGGCCUUGCCCCCAUAGACAAGCAGCCCAAUGGGGUCCCUGACUGUGCCAAGGGCCCUUGCACUCUCAAUGGACAUGUGAAGCAUCCUGGCUCAGUCUAUGGGAGGAUAGCAACUGCGUCACUUGCAGAAACUGUUUUGAGUCCAGCCCCAUGUGACUCAGUCCAGGAGGCCAGCGGACACAAUCCGUCAGAACCGUUGUCAAGCAAGUCCAGUCCAGAUGAAGGCUCUGACACAUUUGUGGAAGUGGGCAUGCCCAGGAGCCCCUCUCACUCUGCCAAUGGGAGUGAGCUGAAACAAAUGCUGGCUUCAUGCAAGACGUCAUCAGGGAAACGACAGGCUGUGGAGCUCUUGCAGGGCACCAAGAAUUCCCAUCUACAUUCUGACUGUCUUCUCUCGGACGCCGAGUCCAGCUCAUCAGACAGUCCUGUGGCGGAUAAGAGGGCACCGGGUAGCGAGCGGGCGGCUGAGAGGGCAGCACAGCAGAACGAGAGGGAGAGAAUCAGACUGGCACCACAGACCUCUUUCGCCAACAUGCAGGCAUUUGACUAUGAACAGAAAAAGCUGUUGGCAACCAAAGCUAUGUUAAAGAAGCCUGUGGUGACUGAGGUGCGGACCCCUACCAAUACUUGGAGUGGUCUGGGCUUCUCAAAGUCCAUGCCAGCUGAGACCAUCAAAGAGCUGCGGAGAGCCAAUCAUGUUUCAUACAAGCCCAGCAUGAGCACCACAUAUGAGGGUUCCCCGCUGUCUUUGUCGCGAUCCAGCAGCCGGGAAGGUGUGGGUAACGGCAGUGACUCGGACAACUGGCGAGAGAGAAACGGCACCGGUAACGGCCUGCCCAGUCACGCCGAGUUCCCCUCUGCUGUCAGCAGCCCCAAGAGGAAGCAGAACAAAUCUGCUGCGGAGCAUUACCUCAGCAGCAGCAACUACAUGGAUUGCAUCCCUUCGGUAACUGGCAGCAACGGCUGCAGCCUGAGUUCAUCUCUGAAAGGCUCAGACCUGCCUGAGCUGUUCAGCAAGCUGGGCUUGGGGAAGUACACAGAUGUAUUCCAGCAACAAGAGAUUGACCUCCAGACAUUCCUGACUCUAACAGACCAGGACCUGAAGGAACUGGGCAUCACCACCUUUGGAGCCCGCAGGAAAAUGCUGCUCGCCAUCUCAGAACUAAACAAGAACCGGAGGAAGCUAUUUGAGCCACCCAUCAGGUCCUCCUUUCUGGAAGGAGGAGCGAGCGGCCGCCUCUCCCGCCAGUUUCACGCAGACAUGGCGAGCGUCAGCGGGCGAUGGUAGGCGCCUCCAGACCUCCAGUCCAUCUCAGAACCGUCCAUGAUGGAGAUCAGCCUCCAGUCUCUUUCUGUGCCUCAGCAGCCCAGGUUUCAGUGGUUGUUUACCUUUUUUCAGCUUUAGCUGAAUUAAGACUGUUCAGAAUGUUGUUGUUGCCAUAUAGUAUAAAUUUAUAUGUAUUAAAAAAGCCAUAGUUUUACCUGAAGUGCCAACAAGGAAAAAAAAAAGGGAUUUCUCAGACACAUGAGGUUCAAGUGUUCACUCCUUAUGGAGCCAUUCAGUCUAUCUGGAGCAUUUAUAUAUGAAGGUUGUUGUAAUGGUUCUGAAGGAAGGGUACUGUCCAAUAUUUCUGUCCACUUUUUGUUGAAGGGAACAGGCAGAAUGAUUAGUACAAUCAUUUUACACAUUGAUACGACCUGCAUUUGUAUUAUGCUGUUGUAUCAGUGACAUGCACUUUAACAAUACUAGACUUUUGCCUGUGAGAGCCUAAUUCCUUAGACUGAAAUAAUGAUAACUAUGCAUUUUUUAUUGACUAAAAGCACAGAUGCAUUUUGUACCAAACCAAAUGUAAUAAGCACUUAGCCAGUGAGAUUAGGGCGCCACCAAAUGAAGUACAAAAUGGGUCAGCACACCAAAGUGGUGACUUCAUCAACUUUAAAAACAUCUACCAAAGGAAAGUAUCAUUGUGGCCUUUGACCUUUGGAUACCUUUAGUGUUUUGAUUGGUGGACAUUCCUCCAAGGUCAGUGUUUGUGUCCAGCCACAGUCUGUUUGUCUGUCUGUGUAUUUCAAGACAAAACAAAAAAAAUCAAAUAUUUUGUACUCAUUAUGCAUUAUGAUUUUAUUUUUAGUUUUUAUUACCAUUUUAGGGGAAUGGGUGGGAUGUUUAACGGUAAUCAGUUUACAUAUGUAUUUUUUUAUACGUUCAUGAGUGAGUUUCUAUGAUUUUGUAAUUAGAUUAUUAGUGUCUUUUACUUUUUUUUUCCUGCCCCUUAAUCUGUGGAGCCGUAACAUGGCUGUGCCAUUAGACAGCAGCAGAGACAUGAGGCAGUUAUGCUAAGCUUCAUAGGCCUCUCUCUGAUUGUGUCAACAGGCAUCUUUCUGUGGUUUUCCCGUCUCUGUUUGUUUAUAGUGCAUGGUCUUUUGUCUCAUCUGUUAUUUGUCAGUGUUGGCCUCCCUGCGGCCCAUUCUGUGUGCCUAAAAAUCUCAAUGCACUCCUCCAUAUAUCCGGAAAAGGAGUUGUUAUGCUAGAACUGUGUGCCUUUUUUUUUUUUUUUUUACUGGCUGUCCCGUUCAGAGCAAGGAAAGACCUCGUAGCAGAGCAAGGCCAUGCCUUUGUAGUGAAAGGUGCCAAUGUACAUAACUAGUUUUUCAGCAGGGAGAUAUUUUGUUAAGAACACUAAUAUUUUGGUCUGACCUUGCUCUCCAGAUAGGAGGUGCAUCACACAAAGAACCAAUAUAUUCACAGCCAAGUUAGUUUCAUAUGAGAAUUUCUGCGAGACAACAAUAAGCAACCAGAGUCAUCAAAAAGACUGUGAGAUUUAAGAUGAAAACAAAUAAAAAUCUGGAAUUUUCUAGUAUCAGUCUUGCAAUCUAAUAUCCACAAAACUUGGUUAAGCAGUGUUUAAUGAAGUAACAGGAUUAUGCAUGCAGCAGUAGUGUUUGCCAUUAAAGUUUGUGUUUGUUCUGGGCUCCUGUAUUAUGUUCAGUCAUGUAUUUUGAAAAGGAAAACAUCCUUUUCCAGCAGUUCAUUAACUUUGGAUAACUCUAGUGUUUUUUUGUGCGCCGUUUGAAAGAUUUAUCUUAGGAUUUAGCCUACAAGCCGAUCCAUUGUCCAAGGUCCUGAGCAUUUCGUAUCAAGUGCAAUUAAGUGUUUCUUUGUAGAUUUUUUUUUUCUUUUCUGGGAAAAUUUGUUUAUAUUUGCAAUACAAGUAUAAAAGCUCAGACUGAAGAAUUUCUUAUCUUGGUUUAAAUGAGAGUGCAGUGUAUAAAAUCUAUUAAGUAGAGGACGCUUCUGAGAAAUUAUCACUGUCGAGUGCAUGAACAUUUAUCUAGAUAAAUGUAACCAUGACAAAAAGUACCAGCAGUCCUCAUAAAAAUCUCAGACAGAAGUCAGUUGUUUGUCGCCUCUCUUCAAUUUCGCAGUGAUUCCCUUUAAGUUGAUUUUUUUUGUUUCAUGUUUACUUUUAACCUCUUUCCACCUUCUCUCGCAUCUGAUUUGAGCCAUUCUCAAUGUGGUUGUCAAGUUAAUAACACUAUACUUAAUAAUAUUCUGACACGGUUGCUGACGCCAACCAGGUAAUUGUCUUUUUUUUUUUCUCUUUUUUUCCUCUUGUUUUUUUUCCUUUGAAGUCUUAAGGGACCUGCAAUGCAUGUCAUGCCCCCUGCAUCUUCGCUCUUGACUGCCCUAUACAGGCAAAAAAAAUAAAACAUGCCAAAAAGUAAAUAAAAAGUAAAUGUAAAAAUUUUAAAAAUAAUAAUAAUAAAAGAGGGUGGUGGAAUUCCCUUUAUCCUGAGAGGACACCCGGGGCCAGUUCGCCCCCACUCAUCAUGGUACUACAUUGAAACUGUUGAGCACUGAUUCUCCCAGUGCUGUGACUCGUGUUCCUGCCUAGCAGACAUUUGUUUUCAUCCCUCUCCUUGUUCGGAUGUGUUUGCUCGGAGGGCAGUAGAGGUUCUUGUCUUAUCAAGUGAAUGUUGUUUAAAAAAAAAAAUAUUGAUGCAUGUUAUUGCAGAUUUAUUACGGAUCAGUGAAGGGACUCAUUAAGUCAAAAAAGUUUACUGCCAGCUUGUCUAGUCUUUGCCCUUGAUAGGAAAGUUUUACAAUUAUGUCUUUGAUUUGUUGUGUUAGUCAUAUUAUUGUUGUUCCCAAAGGGAUUUAUUUGAAGGAGUCUUUGUACUGCAAUCAAAUGGUACAUUUAUAAUAAAUGUAAACCACUAAGGAAAUGAUGUAUUACAUAACUUUUGUACAACUUUUUCAUCUUAUACAACCAUUGUCUUUGUGUGAGAAAGGUACAAUUCUCCACAAAGUUCCAGAGAAGAAUUUGUGUAAAAACAUUGCCAUGUGGCCAAAGCUCUGUUCACUGUUGAUGCUAUUGUUAUUCUAACUGUAUUGUAGUACAGACAUAAACAGAAGACUUUUUGGAGAAACUGUCAAGCAGGCAAAAAAAAAAUGUUUGUUCAAACAUUCAAAUGGUAUUAUGAAGGUAAUAAAUGUAU